AUGGAUGAGCUGAAACGCACUGGCAAGUCACCAACUGAUAUGGCCAACCAGGUGAAUGAGCUCAUGCACCUGAAGUAUGAGCGAGCUCACCUGGCAUACCUUCAAGCCAUAGAGAAUGUGAGAGAUGCUGAGGCUGGAGUGUAUGGUCAGAGGACCAUUGGGCAGUUUCUAAGAAAAGACAACCAGCCACGCGCUUUUGGGCCAUAUGACAAGCAAGAUGGCUGGGGUGGAGUCUCAGUGUCCGGUUUCUACCUGACUGACUGCCUGCUAGAGGAGUUUAAACGUCAAGAGCCAGCUAUGUCCAGGCUCCUCCAGGGAACAUUUGGGCAUGUUUUCAGGUCUGACCACACCAGAAAAGUGGCAAGGAAGGUGACCUUGGCCUCUGGGGUGAUGUCCAGUUACGCUGUAAUGAAUGAACACUGGCUCAUCGUUUCCUGGGUGAUGGUUCAGUCUGAUACUGAGAGGUCCUUGGAGGCAAUGUACCAGGGGAUGGCCAAGAGGUACAGCAAUGCUGGAGAAAAGGCAGGCUACCAUUGGAUGGACAGAGCUGCUGGACAGAGUGGAGAGAGUCUUCAGUACAGAGAGCUGGGCUCCCGUCCAGUCCCACUGGACUGGGACAAACACAGAACUCUAAAGAGAGAUGAGCCUGCCGCUCUUAUGCCUCCGCCCCCCCUGCAGACACCUGCUGCUCCUGCUGAAGAUAAAGCUCCAGACAUGGCACCCUCCUCCAGUUGGACACUGCCCUCUGGCGUGCCAUUCCCUGGACCAGCACCAUCAAUCGGCCAUCCACUCUCUGCUGGUGCACUGCCAAAGCAGGAGAUGCAUCCAGAAGAAGUCCAGGAUCCUCCAGCAGCAAUGGAAAUCUCACAUGCCCUGCCGCUGCCUCUGAGUUCCUCACCAAGGAGUGCCCGCACUGGACCCAUAAAAACUGGCGGAAGAGUUUUUGUGUUGGACCACACACGCUGGACAGCACCCAUGAAAGUGGCUAUUGACAGUUUGCUGCAGAAGCACCAUGGAAAGAAGGACCGCCUGAAGCUUGUGGAUCAAGAUUACGCAGACAUGGUCCAUCAGUCAGCCACAGAUCCAAACAGCUUGCUGCACCCCACAACCAGGCUGCACAUAUCUCGCUAUGUGAAGCACCUGGCAAAACUUCUGAACACUAGUUCCUCCUUGAACAAAAGCCAGGAAAAACUUCUGGACACUCAGCAGCUGUGGCACUCUUUGACAGAGGGGAGUCACACGUCUAGUGUUCCUGUGGUCACCAUGGAGGCAGCUGUUGUCAAGCCCCCUACACCUGCCCAGUCCACACCUCUAACUCAAGACUCCCUUGAGAAAAUUGUGGAGGGCAUCUUGGAAAAGCAGCAGCAGCAGCAACAGCAACAACAGCCCCAGCCAGAGCAGAAGAAAAGGCAGUCAAAGACGUGUCUUGCCUGUGGACAGCCCAAGUCUCGAUACGAGACUGAUGGAUCCUCCAUCCACUAUUUUUUCCAACAGGGGCCUGUGCGCUAUUUCUAUUGCUCAAAGAAGGUGCAUCAAAAUUAUGCUGCUGAGGGACUUUCAGAUGCCAAGAUUCCCUUUGAGCAGUUUGUAAGUACAGAUUUCUUCCAGAGGGAGCUGGAGGAAACCAAAAAACGUGUGGAAGAGAGAAUGGGAAAAAAAAGGAAACGGCCAGAACCCCAUCAAGCCGGCCGCCUCUGCAGAUUCUGUCACCUGGAACUGAAACAGGGGCCGAACAGCCCACACAUCCAUUCGGGCUUCCCAGGAGUGGCAGGAAAAUACAUCUACUGCCCUUCUAAAGUAUACUCUUUGUACCGCAAUAAGGGAAUGGCCAGAGAGAUGAGCUGGAAAGAGUUUCAUGCGUCUCCUUUCUAUGAGACAGAGAGACAAAGAUGGGUGGAUGAAAGGAAACAGUAAACUAUUCAAAGUUUUUAUAUAAUUAUUGUUUUGUGUAAAUAAAAAAUCAUUUUUGAAUAGAUGUAUGUAUAUAUGUAAAUAUGAAAGUGUUUACUUGUAAAUAUUGAAAUUGGACUGCUCUUAUAUGUCUGUGUUUAAGACAGUGGUUCCCAAACUU